AAUAAUGUAAAAAAGGACAGGAAAUGUAUUAAUUCAGUUAACAAUACAUUAAUAUGGAAACAAGUAACAGGUAGUUAACAGCAGUAACGGCCUUACACACGGACACAUUUACGGAACUAACGUAAGUAAGGUCUUGGAUAUUCGGAAUGUUUUGCAGACGGACCGGUCCCACGGUCUAACGUGUCCGCUCGAUCUCCUGCAGGGAGUUUAAGAAAAUUCAAAUAACAUAGACCCAAUGUUACACAUUCCACGCAGGAAUGGAUGACGAUACGCCAGAUGAAGCCUUUAAGGAGCUGCACACGGGGGACAUUGGAGGAUGGGGUGUUGCUCAGAUAGCUGCUGGCACUGGGCUCGCUGUGUAUGUGAUAUGGACCGGAUUCGUACAGCCAGGCUUCAGGAAAGUCCCCUUGAGGCUACAGGUCCCGUACAUUCCUGCCAGCAGAGCUCAAGUGGACCAUGUAAUGAACUUGCUGAGAGGCCGAAAGGGAGGGCUUGUGGAUCUGGGGUCAGGAGAUGGCCGCAUUGUCUUGGAAGCUCAUCAGCAAGGUUUCACUCCCGCUGUUGGUUAUGAGCUCAAUCCCUGGCUACUCCGCUUGGCCCGCUUCAAAGCUUGGAGAGCAGGCCAUCAUGAAAAAAUUUCAUACAGACGGGAAGAUCUCUGGAAGGUUGACUUGACAGAAUGCAAAAAUAUCACAGUGUUCUUGGCUCCUAGCGUGCUUUCAUUAUUGCAGAAGAAGUUGGAGGCUGAGCUUCCUGAGGAUGCCUUAGUGAUAGCUGGUCGUUUUCCCUUCCCUGACUGGACACCGUUCAGGGUUGAGGGUGAGGGUGUGCACAGAGCCUGGGCAUACAACAUGCAAGCACAAAGACAAAACUCCUUAAAGAAAAAUGACAGCCACCAAACGCAACCUCAACAAUGAACUCACCAAGGACUAAGGCUCCACUCGAAUGGUUGUCCCUACUCUUUUGGACUCCAGAAUGGGAACAUUAAUUUAUACUGUAUAUCAUUGAGUUACUGCUUAUUAAAAUACCUUCCAUGGAAUAUUGUGGACAUUUAACCUAACUUGACUAUCUGAAUGCUUUUUGACUACAUCUUAAACCAGAUUUUUCAGACAAACUGGGACUUACAUUUUUUAAUUGAAUGUCCUCUCUUCUACAGUCUGGGUCGGGGGAUUCUUUAUUUUGGCAAGGUAUGUGUUAACAUUGAAGGAAAACAACACCUUUGCCACAAGAACACUGUAGAACUGUUGUAAUUACUACCUAAAUGUUGUAAUGUCUGCUUUGUUCAUUAUGACAGAAAUUAAGAUGUCUUUAAUUCAUUAGACAAUUUUGGAUUCCAUUGGGCUGCUAUAUUUCUACAGGUAGGAUGAACACUAAAGGUACAUUAUUUGUGGGUGAUGGUCAGACACAUAGUGAUGUGGAAAUGUCUGUUGGAAAGUGUGGAAUGUGGUUUUUCCGGCUCUGGCCAAAAACAAACCCUUGUGUAAGCGCAUGAGAGUUUGUUUUUUUGAUGUUGCUAUUUCUUUUAAAUGUUAUAGUGUUUUACCUUGUGUUAGUUCUGCUAUAAAAGCAAUUUCUCUUAAAACCUAUGUAUGGAAUACAAAUUGACCUUUCUUAUGCACCAUGCUGGACAUUAAUCACCCAAUUUCAGGUAAUGUUUGUGGAGCUUUUAGGUGAAAUCCCAAUGUGGCUGACACUAAAUGUUGGUCUACAGUGGCAAAAACAUGUAAUUGUUGUGAAAAUACAAAUAUAUUUUCCAUAAUAAAUCACUCAAUUUAAA